GCGGAAGAGAAAACGGGGGGAGGGGCGCGGGGCUCGCCUUGAUACACGAAAGCGAAACUGCGCCAUUCCGCAGAAACGAAAGUCAGACUUGCACCGCCUCGGAGAAGAAGCGCAAGUGUUGCCAGUGUUGAGGGAUCGCCACGCCCGAGCACAGCUAAGCCGACAAUGAAUCGCGAGACUUUGAACACCCGAAAGGCGCCUUACGAGGGAGGCUCGCCUCGGUUCGAGGAGCGCGUGGAGGUGGGUUUCUUUUCCCUGGACACCGAGCGCCAAUUCCACCACGACAAGAGUCAGAUGAGAUACUACGCGGAACCCGACCCGGCUCCGAACUUUGACCUGAGGGACGGCUACAACGACCGCUACAUCAAGAGAGACGAGAAUUUGAGGAAAAAUCUGGAGCACAUCCUGCACUGGAUCUUGGCCAACAAAUCCCAACUCAUGCAGAAUGCGGCCACAACAUCAGCUUUAAAUGACUUUGACUUUGUGACGUCGCGAGGCCGUUUGACCAAAGUUUUAUGCACACCCUACGAAAGCCAAACUGAGUGGGAGCUGAGCGUCACCAAGUUCAACGGAGUACUUUACAUCAACGAAGUGGAAACGGCGAGCUCUCGCCAGGGCCGUGAGAACCGCACUGAGAGUCACACGGAGAAUAUCUACUGGGGAUACAAGUUUGAGCAGUACAUAUGCGCAGGCAAGAUUGACGGCCUACCCGAUUCGAGUGGCGUGGUCAACUCCAACGAGGCCUUCUACAGCGUGGUCCGAACUCGUCUCUCGAACCACCGGCUGCUGUUCUCCGGCGAAGUGGACUGCCGGGACAAAUAUCGGAGUGCUCCGCCUCCUCCCGCCUGCUACUUGGAGCUCAAGACAACAGGAGAGAUCCACACAAGCCAACAGCGUAGCAAGUUCCACAGGUUCAAGCUGCUCAAGUGGUGGGCACAGUCCUUCCUCCUCGGAGUCCCUCGCGUCGUGGCGGGCUUCAAGAACGACGACGGGGUCGUGGUGUCUGUGCGCACUUACCGCACCGCCGAAAUUCCACAGCUGGUUGAGGGUGAGCACCUGGGGUGGACGCCCGCAGUCUGCAUGAACUUCUGCAACGAAUUCCUGUCUUAUGUCAAGCGUGUGGUGACCGAGGACAAUCCUCAUGUGGUGUAUCUGUUCUCCCGGAAAGCGCGCUGUGACCUGACCUACACCGUACACAAGGACUCCCCUUAUUCCUUCCUGCCAGACUGGUACGUCGAGGAAAUGAGAUAAAGAGUCACGCUUGCAAAACAACAGAGCGGAAGCUCCACAAAGUCUGCGAGAUGCUGUGGGACUUACAAGUUGUUCUUAAGCAAAUCAAUUUUUUUACCUUACAAGAAAUCAACUAACCUUUAUUAACAUUUUAAAUGUCACGAAUUCGAAAAUGAGUUCACCGCUGUGUAAUAAAGCUAGAGUCAAAUACUCAGCUGACAGACGAGUCAUGGAGAGAAAACAGGAGCGUGCUUGUUGAUCAGUACCGUCGCCUGGUGCAUUUUUAUUUGUAUUUGUUUUUAAACUGAUGAUGGAUUAUGAAAUGUAUUAGUGUGUCCGUCAGCGACUCGUAUAUUAAAUUACGGUAAAUCUGGGGGGCCAGUCGCCGUUACUUUCUGCUACGUACAAUUAAAAACAACAACUGAGAAA